AUGGCCGGCCCGGUGCGUCAGCCCAUCGAUGUGCCCGCCCUGGAGGCCUACAUCUCAAAAGCCGUGCCCGAUAUCUCGCCGCCGCUAGACGUCAAACAGUUUGGGUACGGCCAGAGCAAUCCGACCUACCUUCUCACGUCCAAACCAACGGGCCAGCGCUUUGUCCUGCGCAAGAAGCCUCCAGGAAAGCUGGUUUCCAAGACAGCCCACAAGGUCGAGCGAGAGUACCGCAUCAUCCACGCCCUGCGCAACACAGAUGUGCCCGCCCCCAAGGCCUAUGUGUUGUGCGAGGACGCCGCCGUCAUCGGCACCCCCUUCUACAUCAUGGAGUUCCUCGACGGCCGCAUCAUCGAGGAUCCUGCCAUACCCGAUGUCUCGCCCCACGACCGCUCCGAGAUGUGGAGCGACGCCAUCCGCACGCUGGCCAAGCUGCACAGCGUCGACGCGAAAAAGGUCGGGCUCGGCGACUUUGGCAAGCCCAGCGGCUUCUUCAACCGCCAGAUCGCCACCUGGAGGACUAUCUGCGAGGCCCAGGCCAGGGUUACCGAUGUCGACACGGGCGUCGAGGUCGGCGACCUGCCGCACUUUGCCGAGAUGACGCGCUUCUUUGAGGAUGCUGCCAAGCAACCACGGGAUAGAGGCACACUGAUUCACGGUGACUACAAGAUCGACAACCUUGUCUUCCACAAGACAGAGCCGAGGGUCAUAGGCAUUCUGGACUGGGAGAUGUCCACCAUAGGCCACCCGCUCUCCGACCUCGCAAACGCCCUGAUGCCCUUCUCCUCGGCGCGGACGGCGCAUGGCCCGCCCGAGACCCGGAUCCCGCACGCCCACACGGGCUUCCUGCCCGGCGCCACCCCGGGCCUGCCGCCGCCGGACCAGCUCGCCUCCAUCUACGCCACGGCGGCCGGGCUGGGUAGCGGCCGGUGGGACGGCAUGGAGCGGGAGCUCAAGUGGGCCGAGGCCUUCGCCACCUUCCGCCUCAGCGCCAUCUGCCAGGGCAUCGCCGCGCGGGCGGCCGUCAGGCAGGCCACCAGCGCAAAGGCGCAGGAGCACGCCUUGGCGAGGGGGCCUGUCGCCGAGCUCGCGUGGGCCCUGAUCCGGGAGUCGGACGAGGAGCAGGACAGGGCUAAGAACCCCAAGGCCCGGAUAUAG